GAAAGCAGCUAGUAAGUUUCAGCAACCUGUGUGCGUGCCCUCCAAUACGUCCAAUUGCAUCCAAUCGGAGCGUUCGGUGACGUCAAGUGGGGCGAUUGGUCUGUUUGACGGCGUUCUCUAUUUAACCUGGUAACGAAGGUACAGUGCAAUGGUGAGACAGUUUCCUGUAAGUGGCCCAGUUGCUAUGGCAGACAUGCUGGAUCCCUACACCUUUGAUGCCCCUUCUACAUACAUUAACUUUAGUUCUUUCCAUGAGGAUCACAAUGCUGACUCCUGGUUAGACAGAGUGACCAAUGCACUUAAUACUCCCCCAAACCAGAGGCCACGCUUUGAAACUUCUGCUGUGAAUUCUGAACACAAGCGCAAGGUGUUGACAACCCUUUCAAAGGAGGCAGUCUCCAAGAUUACUAUACAUUUUUGUGAUGUGAAAUCUCCGUCAAUGCGAUCAACCAGGCUCAUGUCCAGGAAGCAUCGGGAAAAGCUUCUCAUAAAAAUGAGAGAGUCAGAUCUUGAGAAUGAGCCACCACAGGCUGACUCCCCGCUGUGCAAACUAAAGGGGAGUAGGAAUGUGCUGGUGAAGCCUAAAAUUGCAGAACAGCAAGAGCUUGAGAAGAUACAAGAACUUCAAAAGAAUCUCAAGAAAAAUGAGCAUUCCAUGAAAGCUGCCAUAACUAGAGCAGGUCAGUCUUUGAAUAAUGGUGACCCUCCAGUCACAAAACCAGUGGAUUUUCUCUGUAAAACCAAUGAUCAACUUGAGCAUGGUUCCAAUCAACCUGAGAGAAAUGACUGUAACAUGGUGAACUUUGUUGCAUCACUAAGGAGACACCAACUGCCAUCGGUUCAGAUUCCUAAACGAGGAUACACAAUCCCAAAACCCUUCAACCUGUCACAGGGAAAAAAACGAAAGCGUGAGGAGGCUUUGGAAUCCAGUGCUGAAAAGGUUAUAACUUUCUCCAAAAGAACUCCCGCACGUUAUUGCCUGCAUGGCCACCAGAGGGAGCUUGAGGAAGAGGAGGUGCCUGUUAUCAAAGCCACUCGUACGCCACACUACAGGGUCCUAUUUAAACCCAAACUUUUAGAAAAGAGACAAGUGGAUGUUUGUCCCUUUUCCUUCUUUGAGCGGGACAAGGAGCGGCAGCUGCAGAAAGAGAAGCGAUUGGAUGAACUUCGCAAAGUGGAAGUCUAUAAAUUCAAGGCUCAGCCUCUGCCACCAUUCUAUCACAUCAGCCCCUUUAAGAAGAAGGUGAGGUUGCCACGCCAGAGCGAUUUGAGCUGGAGACAUACAAUGUGGAGUCAAGUCCUACUUAACCAUCCCAACAUCCCCAAGCUUCUCAGGCAGGUUUAAGUGCUGAUGCAGCUGAUGUUCCUGUGUUACCGCCAAAUCGAAAUUUUCUGGUAGUUGAUGCCCUUUUCAAGCCCUGGACUAUACACAUCCUAAUGAACAAACAUAUGUCCGGUAAAUAGUAGCAUGAAUACAGAGGCAUGUUUUUGCCCUGGGGGGUGUUAUGUAAAUACUAAAUAUUAAUGGUAGGGAUGCACCAAAUCCACUAUUUGGGAUUCUGCCCAAUGCCUGGUGAAAGAUUUGACCAAAUACCGAACCAAAUCCUAAUUUGCAUAUGCAAAUUAGAAUCAGGGAAGGAAAAAGAGGAAAACAGAUCAUCUUCUGUGACGAUUUCCCUACCCGUCCUUAAUUUAUAUAUGCAAAUUAGGAUUUGGGUCCGGCCAAGCACAAGGAUUCGGCCGAGUCCGGCUGAAAAUCCCGGUCAAAUCCCGAACCGAAUCCUGGAUUCGCUGCAUCCCUAAUUAAUGGCCUAUUAUGCCUUGUAAAAAUGGUAAAUAAGAUAAAUAUACCUUGUAAUAAAAUUUAAGUGAACUAU